AUGCUUAUCAUCCCAUCUCGCAGUGCGCUGCUGUCCGUCUACUACCCACAGAUCUUCCUCAUCCUCACCAGCGGUAGCUACCUGGCGUUGUCUUCUGUGGUAGCUCUGGGUGCCAACAUCAUCUGCAACAAGAUACCUGGACUGGCCCCACGUCAGAGAGCCCUCUGUCAGAGUCGCCCCGAUGCCAUCAUCGUCAUCGGUGAAGGCGCCCAGCUGGGCAUCAAUGAGUGUCAGUACCAGUUUCGCUACGGUCGGUGGAACUGCUCAGCCCUGGGAGAGAGGACCGUCUUUGGACAAGAGCUGAGAGUAGGCAGCAGGGAGGCAGCGUUCACUUACGCCAUCACGGCAGCUGGAGUUGCCCACGCUGUAACCGCAGCUUGUAGCCAAGGCAACCUGAGCCAGUGCGGUUGCGACCGGGAGAAGCAGGGCUACCACGACCAGGAGGAGGGCUGGAAAUGGGGAGGCUGCUCGGCUGAUGUCAAGUACGGCGUGGAGUUUUCACGGCGUUUUGUAGACGCCCGCGAGAUCAAGAAAAACGCACGAAGGCUUAUGAACCUGCACAACAAUGAGGCAGGGCGAAAGAUCCUGGAGGAGAAGAUGAAGCUAGAGUGCAAGUGUCACGGUGUAUCCGGUUCCUGCACCACUAAGACCUGCUGGAUCACCCUGCCAAAGUUCAGAGAGAUCGGUAACCUGCUGAAGGAACGCUACAGUGAGGCAGUUCAAGUAGAGCCAGUCAGGGCCACACGGCUCCGACAACCCUCCUUCCUGCGUCUCAAACAGGCGCGGGGCUACCAAAAGCCCACGGACACAGACCUAGUGUACCUGGAGCGCUCUCCUAACUAUUGCGAAGAGGACACAGCCACGGGAAGCACUGGGACAAGAGGAAGACUGUGCAACGGCACUUCGAGCUACUCAGACGGCUGUAACGUGAUGUGCUGCGGUCGGGGUUACAACACUCACCACUACACGCGAGUCUGGCAGUGCAACUGCAAGUUUCAUUGGUGCUGUUUCGUCAAAUGCAACACCUGCAGUGAGAAAUCGGAGGUUUUUACUUGCAAGUAAAGAAACAAGGAAGUAGGGUACUGAGAGAGAGAGGGAAAAGGCACAAGGGACGAAGGCAAGGCAAUAUGACAAGCUGGAAUUUGAAGUGAAGGAUUUUGGAGGUAUUUAUUACAUUUUGCACAUUCUGACAUCCCAUUUGGAACGGAAAAUAAAGUGGAAUUUAUUUGGGAGCAACAGACAUAAACAUGUAAGACACAUAAUUGUUUGCAUACUAGUUUAAAAAGUGGCAUGAAACUGCAGAUGAAAGGAUUAAGACAACAUCAAAGAUGCAUCUUCUUCCACACGAGAAGAAAAAGAGCAUUGUUAGAGCUUGGAAAAAAAUAAACUUCUAGAACAAGCUAACAGGAAGUGCUACAAGACCAAAGUGUUUCAGACUGGCAUGAAGUAAGACGGCAACAGAAUGCGUUCAGCUCUACACUGUAUUCGGUUUGAACACUGAAAAUUAAUUAUUUAUGUAAAGAUAUUUUUCGUACAUAUAGGAUGGAUAGCAAAUUCAACUGCUCUAACAUUUUUUUUUUCUCUCUAUUUAAAGCAGGCCACAACUGUUUAGUCAUAUGGAAGCUCAUUUAUAGCAACUAAAAAUCAAAAUAAUCUUUUUCCAUUUUUUUUUUUCAAAAAGGGCAACUUACUAUUGCUUAAUUAUUUUUCUUUUGCACUCACAUGGUUAUGUUUUAUGUCAUGAGACAUCGGUUAUUUCGCGGAGCUGUUGGGUCGUGGACAUACCCCACCACCACCACCACCGAUCCUGUGCUACGCCAAGAACCAAAGAGGCAGAAAACACACGUGAAGUACUGUAAGCACCAUGCUUGUCAGUUUGAACGGCACCUCAUCUUGACUGGGUUCACGGUUUUGUUUUUGCAAGGCUCUUGACUUCUGAGAAAACCAUGUAAGCCUCAUUGGAACUCUAUAGAGGUGCAAUCAGGUUCAGAUACAUCCAGCAUUCCCAUGAACGGCAGAGACAUGGAAUUCCACAUCAUGGCCUGUGCUUACACAAGGCCUUCCAGCGCGGUUUAGGCCUGCCUGGGUGGAUGGCAUGUACCCCAACCACACGGAAGAGGGUAUGUGAGGAUCAAAGGCCUCAGAGCUAUUUUUGGACAGAACCCUUAAUGUAUUCAGAAAUGUUUAUUUAGGCUUUAUAUAACUUACAAAACAUUUUGAAGAGUAUAUUUUUAUAUGAGGAACGUGGCACUUUAUGUCAUUUAAGGUGGAAAGAAAGUCACUAUUUAAAAGUGUUUUCUGACAUCGUGUAUACAGAUUGAAAAGCUAUAAGUUAUUUGGAAUUUUUGUCUUUCAUCAAAGUUCCUAAACUGUAAAUAUUCUACAUGUUUUAUCAAAAGUAGACCAGAUUGUCUAUCUUGAUAUGAUCCUUCACAACUCAGAGUAGGUUCUAAUAGUUGAGUGUUCAAUCAAAGUUACACAAAGGCAAGAAAAUCAUGUGGAAACCACUAUUAAAGUGGGCCUAUUAUGCUUUCCCUCAUUUUCUACCACAUAUAUAAUACUACAAUAUUGGGCGCUCAUAUUCAACAUGGCCAAAUUUUCUAUUAAUGAAGCCACUGUAUGUAUAAGAAAUCUUGCUUCAGACUGCACUAAAUGCUCAGUUUGGCU